UUAAAAGUGUGUCUCAGCAGCCCUGGUCAGCCCUCUGCAGGCAUUUGCUUCGGGCUCCAGGACCAUCUCCUCCUCGCUGGUGCGUCUGGGCUGGGACAGUGAAAAUGUUUAGUGCCAUCGGCAACAAAUACAUGUACAAGGGACCCCAAUAGGCAGGGUGGUGUGUUGGGGGACUGGAAGCAAGCAGUGAAGCCCGACACAGAUGUGCACACACACGUGUGUGUGUCGCUGGCCACAUGUGUGUGUGAUUUCAGAAGAGACUUUAGUUUUGUUUUUGUUUUGGUUCCUGGAGUGAAUUUGCUGUUGAACAUUUCCCCUCCUAUUGAAUUUUGUUUUUGUUUUUGCAUUUUUUAAAAAAUUUCAAUAUAAAAAGUGUAAAGAGUCAACCUUUUGAAAGGACUGAGGUGGGCAGCAGACAGCAGAUGGAUCCCGUGGCCAGCAGCUGCAUGAGGAGCCCCCACCCCCCUGCCCCUGUCUGGGGCUGCCUUCGAAACCCCCACUCGGAAGGCACAGGGGCCUCAGGGCUACCCCACUACCCGCCAACCCCAUUCUCCUUCCACCAGAAAUCAGACUUCCCAGCGACAGCUGCCUACCCCGACUUCUCGGCCUCUUGCCUGGCGGCCACCCCACACAGCCUACCCCAAGAGGAGCGCCUCUUCACUGAGCAGCACCCCGCUUUCCCGCAGCCUCCUGACUGGCACUUCCCUGUCUCCGAGGCCCGGCAGAGGCUCAACCUGGGCCCAGCUGGAGGCUCCAGGGAGAUGGGAGCCAGCAGCCCAGGCCUGGUAGACACCAUGGGAGGCCCAGGCGAGGACUACGGGGUGCUUGGGAGCACGGCCAGUGAGACGGAGAAGAAAUCAUCCAGACGGAAAAAGGAGGGUUCAGACAAUCAAGAGAACCGAGGGAAACCAGAAGGCAGCAGCAAGGCCCGGAAGGAGAGGACAGCCUUCACCAAGGAGCAGCUGCGGGAGCUGGAGGCUGAGUUCGCUCACCAUAACUACCUGACCCGGCUCCGCAGAUAUGAGAUCGCGGUAAACCUGGACCUCUCUGAGCGACAGGUGAAAGUGUGGUUCCAGAACCGAAGGAUGAAGUGGAAGCGUGUGAAAGGGGGUCAGCCUGUCUCUCCCCAUGGGCAGGACCCUGAGGAUGGGGACUCUGCAGCCUCUCCAAGUUCAGAGUGAGGUUCUCCAUGGAGAAAAUAAAGACUAAGGACUGAGCCCCCUUCCCAACUGCCCCUUCCCUGUCCCACUUUCACCUUUCUCCCUCUGCCUCACAGUUGCCCCUCCAUACCUUUCAUUGACUCAGAAACGAAGCUACCCAGGGUGCCCUGAUGCUUUGAGUUUCCCAGAAAGUGCUGCCCACAUUGCUGGCUUAGCAGCCCCUCCCCAGGGCCCUUUGCUUCCCACACUCUUGUGGAAUCAUCCAGCGCCAACUGAACUGAAUGAGUCUGGAAAGAGCUCCAGGGAUGCUGCUUCUCAGGGUCUCUUGUCCGCCACCCACACCUCCUCCUGCCACCUUCCUCCUGCAUCGGCCAGGCCUCCUCCGGUUCUGGACACCACCUGGCCUGCAGGGAAAGAAACCUUGGAACCAGUGGUGACUCAUAAAAGCAAAGGAAAUGAUGGAGACACACACACCCUGGCCCACUUUUCCACUUUUCCUCCCUGAGCUCUACAUCUGAGGCUUUGGGGGUUGUUAGUUGUCCCCAAACCCCAAGGGAAACCAGCCUGAGGAGGGCUAAAGACAACAACCCAGGGACUGCAAAUCAGUAACCUGUCCCUGUCUCCAAAUGUGUUGGCUGUUGAGUGAGCAAAUUUAUGAGCAUUGACUGAAAGAAGGCAGAAAAAUAGCCUGGUAUAGGUCCUUAUGUUCCCGUUCAGGCAGGUUUGAUUGGGUGACUGAGAACAAACCCAGGACAGCACCUGCUGCUCAGCUCAAUGCAGGAAUACAGAGCUGGGGCUCUUGAGCAAAGGUCCCGGGAAGUGCAGCAGCGAUUCCUUUUCAAUCCACAAUUUCCAGAUUGAAAACCUCUCCAGAUGCUCAUACUGUUGAGAGCUGGAAAGUGGCCCCUGUGUCCCAGGGAUGGAGUGAAAAUAUGAGGGCAGCUGGGUGAGGACCUAGCAAUGUGGAACUCUGGAGUGGAAGGUUCCCUGGCUGCAGCAUCUUGUGCUCUCAAAGGGCUGACUGCAAACAGGACAAGGAGACAACCUCUUUUUCCAUAGGAUGCAAUUAAGUCCCUCUUGUGUGUCCCACAAAUGCCAUGACUUUGGGAAGAAUGGCUAGGUUCACGUGUGGGCACUGCUCGGACCUCAGUCACAUCUUCUGGGGAUGCCACUUUGAGGAUUGAUGGCCAAGCAGCCCGAGGCAACUGCAGCCUUGGAAAAAGAACACCCCCCCAACCCCGCCCCUUGAUUGGUGCUUGGUCUCUGGAUCUCAGCUGGUAUUGUAGAAGAGGGUCAAAAAGAAUUUGGAAUUUGGAUUUCUGUGUGUAGAUUUAAUCAUUCAUGUGUAAAAACAACCCCACCUCCCCACCCCCAGAAAGCACAAAAGCUGUGGAAAAUGACUGCCAAAUGAGAUGGCUGGUUGGAACAAGUAUAAUUCUUUUCUAAAGCAUACUUCAUUUAUUUUCUUAAGAUAACAUCAAAUUAACUGUACAAGGUCAAUUCACUUUGUAAGAAAUCUCUUGGAGAAAUAAAAUCAAUA